AUGGACGUCCUCCACUCCGCUUCCGCCCUCCUGGCCGCCGAUGACGGCAACACCCCCGCCGCUGCCGCUUUCUUCGGCUUCAUGGGCUGCGCUUCCGCCCUCGUCUUCGCUUGCCUUGGUGCUGCCUACGGUACCGCCAAGUCUGGCGUCGGAGUGGCUGCCAUGGGUGUUACCAAGCCCGACAUGGUGAUGAAGUCCAUCAUUCCCGUCGUCAUGGCUGGUGUGAUCGGUAUCUACGGUCUCAUUAUUGCUGUCAUCCUUGCCACCAACGUCACCCCCACCGCCUACACUGCCUUCCGUGGCUUCGCCCACCUUGCCUCCGGUCUCUCUGUCGGUCUUUCCGGUCUUGCGGCCGGCAUGGCCAUCGGUAUCGUCGGUGACGCUGGUGUCCGCGCCACUGCCCAGCAGCCCCGUCUCUUCACUGGUAUGAUCCUGAUUCUCAUCUUCGCCGAGGCUCUCGGUCUCUACGGCCUCAUCGUCGCCCUCAUCCUCUCCACCAAAUAA